UGUUACAAGAUCUAUUUCUACAUGAAGUCUUAAACAACCAAUAAUGAAAUCUGAAAAUUCAAUAUUUUCUUUAUUUACCCAGUAAUCAUGAUAAAAUAGUGGCACUGGAAAUGUCAGUUUAUAGUGUAGUAACUGUGAGAGCUACAAACUUGACAUCUAUAAUCAUUGUCAGUCAUAAAAAUAUAGCAAAUUGGGAUAAAUUUAGUUCAGUCAUUCAAACAGUGAAGAUUUUUGUCACCUGCUUUCCUUUGCCAUUUGAAUACCUUGGUCUAGGUUUUCCUUAAAAAAAAAGAAGAAGAAGAAGAAGAAAAGAAAAAAAGAAAGAUGUUCUAAGAAAAGAGCUAAUAGUGAAGCAAAAGAAUGAUUCAAGGAGCUUACUACACUUGCCAGUUUGCACAACCUUAAAAGGUGUUAAUUGUCUUUUUGUGGUGUUAAAACUCUGCAUUGUCAUUUUCUAAACAGUGAUAACACAAAUAAUCCUUAGCAUUCUUUUUGCCUAAUUCCAACCUCUCCUCCCCUAGAAAUACAGUAUAAUAGUCUAGCCUCUUCUGUGAGAUGGGGACAAUAAAACCUGCUGUGACAGAAGAGCUCCUGUGAUUGAUUGAUUAAUGUCAGUCAUAAUAAGACAUCUGGAUUAAAGGAACUUUUGAAGUACAGGGCACAAAAGAAUUUUAUUUUAUUUUUAACCUUGAUUGGAAUAUAGAACUAGUAUGUUAAAGUUGAAAAUUUUAGUCUUUAAGUCCUUGCGGAGGUCAUUUGAUCAUUUCAAAUACCACAGUCUAUGUCAUUUACAGAAAAUGUAACUUAAAAAAAAACUUUUAUGAUCUCUGUGUGAAAUGUAAUUUUAAAAUGCUGAAUGGUAACUAGAAAAUCAUCCUUGAAAAUCCAAUUAACAAACUGAACUGCUUAAUAAUUUAGGUUAUUAAAUGGAAAUUAUAGUUUAAAUAUAUAAACAACAUUAGAUUCUUGGAAUAUAAAAUAAUUUUACUAAUUUGAGAUCUCUAUCUGUAUAAAUGUGUAAUAGCAUGUUAGUCUUCACUUAUACUUAGCUUCACAAGUAUUCCAUGACCUACAUAAUCUGCAAAGAACACUAAGGCAAUUUUACUACAGCCUGGAUGGCAUACUUCUUUCAUUACUAAUCAGGUACAACACAGGUGAGGACAUGAUAAUUCCUUGCUGCAGAAAACAUGAAUUGACAAACAUGGUAUAAGGGAUAAUGGAAGAGAUCUAAUUGGAAAUUUAACAUAUAUAUUUGAAGAUGUAUAUUAGAAGUCAUAUAAUUGAGAAUCUAACAGUUUACUAAAUUCAGGAAACCGAAAGGUGAUUAAAAUGCAGCAAAAAAAACCCUCAAUAAAUGUUCCUCUACAAAAAUUAAAAUUAGUGAAUACUAUCAUUUCACUAAUUCAUAAUUAUGCAGAUACAUUUUUUUUAAAAAAUGAGAGUUGGAUUGUGAACAGCUCUCCAUAUGCAAACAUUUUAUAUCAUGGCUUUGGCAGAAGACUCAAGUUAUGAUAGCAGAGCAUUAGGAAAAUGGCCCUUUAUAUCAAUUAAUUUUCUUCCAGGAAUAUUAAUAAGAGCUCUAAUAAUAUUUCUGAUUCUGGAGUUUAGCAUUUGGACUAUAAUAGGGCAAACAAUAAGCUUCAAGUAUUCUAGCUCACAGAGGUAAAACUAUUACAAUAAAGAAUCCCACCAAUUUAGACCUGCGGAAUAAACACCCAUAAGAUGGAAUAAGUCAGUAGCCCUAUCUCUAUAUUAAACUCAAUUUCCUUUGAAAAGAUCUACAUGUACUUCAUUUGGGGACUAUGCCCUGUGGUUUCUGUUAACUGAAGUCUCCUGGUCAUAAGUUUUAUCGUGUGAUGAUUUCUUUUCUCUUCCUUAACCUUUCUCUGUAUUCCUGCUAAGAUUUCAUUUAUGAGCAUAGGGUAAUAAUGGGUCCUGACUACAAGUAAAGCUACCCCUCAGCAGAUAGAAACGUUUCCACUUUGUGAAUAUGUUUAAUAAUUAUGGUUAUGUGUUGUGACUUUGAAAUGACUACAGUAUGAUUGGAAUGAGAACGUGAGAUAACUGAUGUUUCAUAAAUGGACUGGAAAGUGGCCGCGCUGCAGUGUUUAUUGUAAAUGUAUCAGAAUGAUGGUUCGUUUAUUAUUUUAAACUAGUUCAGAGCAUAAAAUAUGUGACAAUUGGAACAAAGCACUAGCUAUAACUGUUGAUUCCAUGAAUGGCAAAAUGAUCACUCACUGUGGUAAAAUAAAAGAAUAUUCCUUUAGUUCACUCGGGUUAUUGUAUUAAGUAAUAUUUUCCUUUUGACUUUUUAGAUACUUAAGCAAGCCUUUUUCCUAAUCAUUCAAAAUACUGUUAGAGUUGUUUAGCCAUUUUAAAACAGUAUCAACUUAUGGUCUGCUAGAUUCAUGUUUAUAUUCUACACAGAUGGCGUUAAUGUGCUUUACAGGGGCCUCUGAGGCCCUGCACUUUUACUGUGAAUAUUCCAUCUGAGGAAAAGUUUGAAUAAAAAUCAAAUUUUCAUAGAUGUGAGGAAAUUGCAGUGUCAAAUUAGUUGGUCAAAUAAUGGAAUUAUUUACACAAUAUCUAAGUUUGGUAGGUUUGCCUCUUGAUUUUUUUUUUAAGUACCUAAAAAUAAGUGUUCAUAUUUUAAAGGGAAAGCCAUUGUAUUCAAAAACAAAAGGUGUUCCCGAGCACGCCAUCACAGUGCAGAACUACGUGAAAGAGCCUUCAAGCCAUCUUUAGCCCAGGACAGAAUGGGGAACACGGAGAUUUAAAAUAAAUGCCCUUUUCCUCCCUGUUAGGUAGUACAAGUUAUUCAAUCAUGGCAUUAAGGCCUUCUCAAACAACCUUUACAGGUCAUGCAAAAUAUAUAUAUAUAUAUAUAUAUAUUGUUCGAAGUGAACUGUUAUUAAUGCCUCAAACUUUACUGAGGUAUCUGGCGUCGUAGGUACAAAUACUUGUGGUUUACCGAUUUAAAACGUUCAGUCAAAUAUGGACAGUGCUUUCGGGGUCAAUAUUUAAGGAAUAAGGCUAAUUCUUUCGAGAGUCCCUCUAUCCCGCUUUUACAUGAAAAUAAGACAUGCGUCAGGAUACUCGACGACGGAACAGGAGUCAGAAAAACGAAGUGGCCAGGGAAAGACAAGUACUAGUGUACAGGUCAAGUUGGAAUCAGCAGACGGCGUAGGGGAGAGAAACGUUCUGCAGCUUGGGGAGCAGCUGGACGGGGCUCCUUCCAGCAUUUCGCGACCAAAGUUUGCAGCUAGUGGCUGUCUCCAAAUACGCGAUGAGAUGUAAUGCAUCCUCCCGUCCAUGCACACUUCCUUUUGCAGUUUGUGCCUCAUUCCUCAGUGGAGACCUUUAAACCCUAAAUCCAGGAAAAAGAAAAUAAAUACAUUAUCAUGGACCUGAGGGAUUUUUACCUGUUGGCUGCUCUGAUUGCCUGUUUAAGGCUGGAUUCCGCAAUAGCUCAAGAACUUAUUUACACUAUUAGAGAGGAAUUGCCUGAAAAUGUGCCCAUAGGAAACAUACCAAAGGAUCUGAACAUUUCUCACAUCAAUGCUGCCACAGGGACCAGUGCCAGCCUUGUCUACAGACUGGUUUCUAAAGCUGGGGAUGCCCCUUUGGUGAAAGUAUCCAGUAGCACUGGGGAAAUUUUCACAACCUCCAAUAGAAUAGACAGAGAAAAACUCUGUGCUGGAGCCUCUUAUGCCGAGGAGAAUGAGUGUUUCUUUGAACUUGAGGUGGUGAUCCUCCCCAAUGAUUUUUUCAGGCUGAUCAAAAUAAAAAUAAUUGUCAAGGAUACCAAUGAUAAUGCCCCCAUGUUUCCGUCUCCUGUCAUCAAUAUUUCCAUCCCAGAAAACACUUUGAUCAACAGCCGCUUUCCAAUUCCAUCAGCAACAGAUCCUGACACAGGCUUCAAUGGUGUACAGCACUAUGAAUUGUUAAAUGGGCAGAGUGUUUUUGGACUGGAUAUCGUGGAAACUCCGGAAGGAGAAAAGUGGCCGCAAUUGAUCGUCCAGCAAAACUUGGACAGAGAACAGAAAGAUACCUAUGUGAUGAAAAUCAAAGUAGAGGAUGGAGGCACCCCACAAAAGUCCAGCACCGCCAUCCUGCAGGUCACAGUAAGUGAUGUCAAUGACAACAAGCCGGUAUUUAAAGAGGGCCAGGUGGAGGUGCACAUUCCAGAGAAUGCUCCCGUGGGCACCUCUGUGAUUCAGCUCCAUGCCACCGAUGCAGAUAUAGGCAGUAAUGCUGAAAUCCGGUACAUUUUUGGUGCCCAGGUCGCGCCUGCAACCAAAAGACUCUUUGCUUUAAAUAAUACUACUGGGCUGAUUACAGUUCAGAGGUCCUUAGACCGAGAGGAGACGGCCAUUCACAAAGUGACAGUACUGGCUAGUGAUGGCAGCUCUACCCCUGCUAGAGCAACGGUUACCAUCAAUGUCACUGAUGUAAAUGAUAACCCUCCGAACAUAGACCUCAGGUACAUUAUAAGUCCCAUCAAUGGCACCGUGUAUUUGUCUGAGAAAGAUCCUGUCAAUACAAAGAUUGCCCUCAUUACAGUUUCAGAUAAGGACACAGAUGUGAAUGGCAAAGUGAUCUGUUUUAUUGAAAGAGAGGUCCCAUUUCAUUUGAAGGCAGUAUAUGACAACCAGUAUUUGUUAGAGACCUCCUCUUUGUUGGACUAUGAGGGCACCAAAGAAUUCAGCUUUAAAAUCGUUGCCUCUGAUUCUGGGAAGCCCAGUUUAAACCAGACUGCUCUGGUAAGGGUUAAGCUUGAGGAUGAAAAUGACAACCCACCAAUUUUCAACCAGCCUGUAAUUGAGCUGUCAGUUUCUGAAAACAACCGACGUGGGUUAUACUUAACAACUAUUAGUGCCACAGAUGAAGACAGUGGGAAAAAUGCAGAUAUUGUUUAUCAGCUUGGACCGAAUGCCUCCUUCUUUGAUCUGGACCGAAAGACAGGAGUUUUGACAGCCUCUAGAGUCUUUGACAGAGAAGAACAAGAAAGAUUCAUUUUUACAGUAACUGCCAGGGACAAUGGGACCCCUCCCCUCCAAAGUCAAGCGGCUGUGAUAGUUACUGUUCUGGAUGAGAAUGACAAUAGCCCCAAGUUUACUCAUAAUCAUUUUCAAUUUUUUGUGUCUGAGAAUCUGCCAAAGUAUAGUACUGUGGGGGUGAUCACAGUGACAGAUGCAGAUGCUGGAGAGAAUAAAGCUGUGACUCUUUCCAUUCUGAAUGACAAUGAUAAUUUUGUGUUGGAUCCCUAUUCUGGAGUCAUAAAGUCAAACGUCUCAUUUGACAGAGAGCAGCAGAGUUCCUACACUUUUGAUGUCAAAGCCACUGAUGGGGGACAACCACCCCGUUCCUCUACUGCAAAAGUAACUAUAAAUGUCAUGGAUGUGAAUGACAAUAGCCCUGUUGUUAUUUCACCACCUUCUAAUACUUCUUUUAAGUUGGUGCCUCUCUCAGCCAUUCCUGGCUCAGUGGUAGCAGAAGUUUUUGCAGUGGAUAUUGACACUGGGAUGAAUGCUGAACUUAAGUAUACAAUUGUGAGUGGUAACAACAAAGGCUUGUUUCGGAUUGAUCCGGUAACAGGUAACAUCACCCUGGAAGAAAAACCAGCACCAACUGAUGUGGGCUUGCACCGAUUGGUGGUCAACAUAAGUGACUUGGGCUACCCCAAGUCUCUACACACACUUGUACUUGUUUUCCUUUAUGUUAAUGACACCGCGGGCAACGCUUCCUAUAUCUAUGACUUGAUUCGCAGGACUAUGGAGACCCCAUUGGACAGAAACAUAGGGGACAGCAGCCAACCCUAUCAAAACGAGGACUAUCUCACCAUCAUGAUCGCCAUCGUCGCGGGCGCCAUGGUGGUCAUCGUCGUGAUCUUUGUCACCGUGCUGGUGCGCUGUCGCCACGCAUCAAGAUUCAAAGCAGCUCAAAGGAGCAAGCAAGGUGCUGAAUGGAUGUCCCCAAACCAGGAGAACAAACAGAACAAGAAAAAGAAAAGGAAGAAAAGAAAAUCUCCCAAGAGCUCUCUCUUGAACUUUGUUACCAUCGAAGAGUCCAAGCCCGACGAUGCAGUUCACGAACCCAUCAAUGGGACAAUAAGCCUGCCGGCUGAGCUGGAGGAGCAGGGCAUAGGAAGAUUUGACUGGGGCCCGGCACCUCCAACCACCUUCAAGCCGAACAGCCCUGACCUGGCCAAGCACUACAAAUCCGCUUCUCCACAGCCCGCUUUCCAUCUUAAACCAGACACUCCGGUUUCGGUGAAGAAGCAUCACGUGAUUCAGGAGCUCCCGUUGGACAACACCUUUGUCGGGGGUUGUGACACCCUUUCCAAACGCUCUUCCACUAGUUCAGAUCACUUCAGUGCCUCAGAGUGCAGUUCCCAAGGAGGCUUCAAGACAAAGGGCCCCUUACACACCAGACAGUGUAACUCACACAACAAAAGUGACAAUAUUCCUGUCACUCCUCAGAAAUGUCCAAGCUCUGCGGGUUUCCAUAUUCAGGAGAAUGAAGAAGGCCAUUACGAGUCGCAGCGCCGGGUUACCUUUCACCUCCCCGACGGCUCCCAGGAAAGCUGCAGUGAUAGUGGUCUAGGAGACCACGAGCCGGUGGGUAGUGGAGCCCUGAUCUCACACCCUCUUCCUCUGGUUCAGCCGCAGGACGAAUUCUACGACCAGGCCUCUCCGGACAAGAGGACCGAAGCCGACGGCAACUCUGACCCCAACUCUGAUGGGCCUCUGGGCCCCCGAGGAUUAGCUGAAGCCACAGAGAUGUGCACUCAAGAGUGCUUGGUUUUGGGUCACUCUGAUAAUUGCUGGAUGCCUCCUGGCUUGGGCCCAUAUCAACACCCUAAAUCUCCUCUCUCAACCUUUGCACCCCAAAAAGAAUGGAUCAAGAAGGACAAGCUUGUGAAUGGGCACACCCUGACCAGAGCCUGGAAAGAAGAGAGCAACAGGAACCAGUUCAAUGACCGUAAGCAGUAUGUCUCCACUGAAGGCCAUUUCAACAAUGGCAGCCACAUGACAGACAUUCCUUUGGCAAAUCUGAAGUCUUAUAAGCAAGCAGGAGGUGCUAUUGAGAGUCCUAAGGAGCACCAACUCUAAAGAAAAAGGCCAUAUGGGACCUAAGGACUUUAAUCUAAAUAGACAUGCUAAUACCGUGUGUGUCAGAGCUUUAUGUAUUCAAUAGAUCUCUACAACUAUGCCCCUUAGAGCAGGGAUACCCAUAAUUUUGUGUUGGCACCAUGGAGGAUACAAUGUUUUAUCACAUAAGAGAGAAGAUAGUUCUACUAGCCAUAUGAUCUUAUUUACUAGGAUUGAUUAAACUUUCCAGAAGUAUCUCCAUUGUGCAAAUAUCUUUUUUUAAACUGCAUUUUAUUUUGACCCUGGACUGCUGCUAUGAAUAAUAGAAUAUGCAUUUGGAGAGUAAGGAAGUUCCAUGGAUUAGAGUGACUGACAGACAUAUCCAGUUAGAAAAUUGUGCUCUUUUUGUCACUGAUCUGUGCUGAGACUGCUAUACUUGACAUUAUACUUCAAACAAAACUUAAAAAGAUAAGCAUUAAACCUAUUGUGCUGUUAACAACAUUAGUGGACACUUGUAAGUCAAUCAGUGUUAAAGUAUUUGUAAAUAGAAGCAAGUUAUUAUUAACAACUUUUGUGUACUUAUAUCGUUCACCUAAAAAUGUUGUAGCAUAAUUCUGUGUUUUCUGGUUGCUUCUUUCCUUUUUUUGUUUGCCUCUUUGUUGUUAUUUUUGUUGUUUCUUUUAGUGAGGUGUUUCUGCGUUAGUAGUCUGUCUUGACACACAUUGUUCAAAAGAUCUCAAAUACUUGUGUUUAAAGAAAAGGUUCUGGAAUCUUGCUUCUUUUAUGAUAGCUUAUGUUGCUGGAAUUCUAAAAAAUAAAGAUAAAAAUGAAAACUUCAUAUAUAAAAGGACUUCUGCAAAAGCUUGAAAAUUCAGAACCUAUUUUCUUGACAUCCUUAUUUUCAAAGUAGGCAAAAGCAAAAUCACUUAUUUAGUAGCAUUAAGUGAGAUACUAAUGGGAAAGUGUUAUCUUUCAGAAAGUGGAGUAAUAUCCUGUGCUUGUCACUCAUGCAGAAUUAAUAUAUUAAAUUAGCAUAUAUUAAAGAAAAUUAAUAUUUAAAAUAGUUUCAAUUGGGCAAAUGUGUGUCUACAACUUUGUUGAAAUGACAGUUUGUGUUGAUCCUCAUAUAUAAUAAUGUUGUUGUAACACAAGUGUUAGACCAUAGCCACAAAAUAUUUAAUGUGUUGUGCCUUCAUGAUGUAACAGAACAUUCUCCAGGUAGGCUAGUUGGGGGAAACUAAGGGAUAAAUCUCUAAUUAUUGCUGUUUAACUGUUUGUUAUCAUAGUUGGUCAAUGCCUGGCAGGUACCAGCAUCUUGUCACUUAGGUCAAACCAACAGAGUGACAACUAAUGUUCAUAAGAUCUCAGUUGCACGUGCAAACAAAUCCAAAUUCGAACAUUCUUAGGAGGUUUUUGUUAAGGCAUGACAGAUGAUUUAAACAAAUAAAUAGCAUGCAACAAAAUGUUUUUACUGAAAGAAGUGAAAGUUAUCUUAAUGCCACGGUUCAACAUCAGCUUAAAAGUUAAAAAAAAUAAAAUAAAAUAAAAAUAAAAAAAUGGUUUGCUAAUCUGAUAGAUAAUUUGUUCUUACCAAAAAUAAAAUUACUUUGUAAAUAGCAAUUCACAUUUUUUCCACAGUAUAAUGGAAAAUAAUGGGUAGGGGUGCAUUGCUUAUUGCAGUACAUAUUUGUCGGUUUGUGAGGGGUGUUUGAUGACUUUGACAGAAUAAAUAUCUAAACAAUUAUCCUUGUUACUGCUUUGCCAGUUCUACGUUAUUUACAAUUAUUCAGCUCUUGCAAUAAAUGUUCUGAAUUCCUGAC